GCCAGUGACCUGUAGUGCUACAUAGACCCUGUAUCACAUGCAUAAAGAGGCGCAUCAUGCUACUACCUACCUACGGUACCUACCUACCUAUGUACCUACAGUAGCAGGGCUUCAGUCUCAAGCACCUCCAUCGUCUAAAUCGAGCCAUCCAUCCUAAUGCGUUCCCAAUCAUCUAUGACGUUUCGUUCUUUUUAUGGCCAAUUGCUACGUGGCCCAAGAUAGCUGUCCUAUUCCAACACGCAUCCAACGGGAGAAGAAGAAAUAGUAUAUCUACCUACCUACCUACAUAUGUAGGUAGAAGCGAGUUAGGAUGAAGUUUGCUCAGGAGUUUCGUAAAGCUCUUCAACGAGAAGCCUUCCCGCGCAGAUGGGUAGAUUGCGCCAUUCCCUAUGGCCAGCUCAAGAAAUGCCUAAAGAAAGUCACCAAGGAGCUUGAGGAGAUUGGCCUAGACAAAGAAACCUUGACACGCCUAGCAGUCCAUCAACAACAGCCCUCAUCCGGCGACAGCAACGCACCCGUCGACCCUGGCUUCAAGUAUCAGCUUGCUAUCGACGGCAGAGAUGAUGAAUGCGGCAGCGGUGGAGAGUCUGUCCACUUUCGCCCAAAGUUGACCGUUUUUGUCAAAGUAGAGGACGGCAUCGCCGUCGACGCCACAUUAUCACCAUCCACGAGGGAGUUCUUGCAGAAGCUUGCGCUCAGCAGCACAGCGUUGACGACGGACGCUCUACCUUUGGCGGACACCUCGUCUGUGGCGUCCACCGCGCCGCCAUCCCUGACCGCUAGCAGCGCCACCGACAUCCGCCAAGUUGAGGUCCCGCUAGUAUUUGAUGCCGAAUUCUUCGGAAUACUGCAAACCGAUGUGUCCAACAUCAGGACACUAGAAGAGGAGGAGCAAACGAAGCUGGAAGGCCAGAUCGUCGCGCUUGGGGAAGAACUUGGCCAUGCUGUAGAACCAUCUCGUGGGCGAAGAGCUAGAGGUGAUUUGGAAGUCUGGCGUCAGAUCUUUGAGCUUUACUUGGACGCGUGCAUCUUCUUCUCUUCUCGAGAAAGUGAUCAUGGCGCUCGGACGAGUACCCAGGCCGUUGAACAGCUCCAUUGGUUUCAAGACCAGGUAGUCCAAAGGAAAUUAGUACAGAGACUAAGGUUGGACACAAGUCAUAAUGCAUUUAACAACUUUGUCAGCAUCAAUACAGCUCUGCUAUCCAUCCUUAAAUUUCAAGAGAUCAAUCGCCUUGCCGUCACCAAGAUAUUGAAGAAGUUUGAUAAACGAACAUCUCUAGGUGUUUCGAACAAUUUCCUAUUUGUUGCGAGAUCCGAUCGCUCUCUUGCCAACAGCGUUGCUCAAGAUGUCUGUGCUCGAAUGUCCACUGAGCUUAUGUCUGUUGUCCCGCAACUAGACGACUAUCUUUGCCCUAUAUGUUUCGCUAUCGCAUACUGGCCGGUUAGACUGCAUUGUCAACACGUAUUCUGCAGUCGAUGCCUGGUCAAGAUGUCACGAAAAGGCGAGAGACAUUGCCCUCUAUGCCGCGCGGACACCAUUAUGCUGGCAGGCCUAGAAAAUUUCGAUGCUGACCGGGCGGCAUUUCUCCGGAAAUAUUUCCCGAAAGAAGUCAAGGAGAAGGUACGCGCCAACGAACGUGAGCGUAAUCAAGAGAUAUUUGGCCCGUCUUACAGGACGGUACAUUGUUGUAUGAUGUGAUUUCAAUGCUCUCGGCUUCGUGUAUAACGCCCCGUAUCAAGCUGCCCAUCAACUCGUUAGGACAGGUCAUGAGCAUACUGUAAUAUCAUGGCACAUGGGCCAACUCUCCGAAAGUUCAAUUCCUCGC